CUGGUCUGCAACCAGAUUUUACGAACAAACUCAUUCUCGGUAUGAAGUUCUGAGAAGCCAUUGCAUAUUGUACGCAUUUAAAUGUGAUUAUUUCUGAACUCAAACAACAAUGGCAAUGGCUCUGGCAGCUCUAGGCACGCGGCUAGCCGAGCAGGUCGCCGCAGGCGACUCUAAGGCUGUUGAAGCAACGGUCAAAGAGCUUGCAGCAAGAGACGAUUACAAAAACGACGAAUCCACCAAGCUUCGCCUGUCCGGCACAGUGGUUUUGCUCGCACGGCUGCUGGACGCGUCGACAUGGAGCUCAGAAUGCGUCCAGGGCGCGCUGGCCGUUAUCGGACAGUGCUUGCAAGUGGACCCGCCUUGUCGGGAUCUUCUGGCCAAGGAAGGUCUGAUGAAGCGCCUGGCACGGCUGCUCGACACCAAGGAGAGGCAGACCGCGCUGCUCGCGCUGCGUGCGCUGGCGCCGCUGGUCAAAGCCAAGAACGAGCAGGAGCUCCUGUCGGAGGCGUUCAAACUCGGGGCCGUGGGGAAGCUGCUGCGCUGGCUGGACCCGCGGCCGGAGUUUGAGGAGGUGGCACGUGCCGUCGGCCGUGUUCUGCUGAUCAUCUCCAACUCGGCGGCCUACCGCGAGAGCCUGCGUGACAUGGGCUUCAUCCCCAGCCUCAUCACGUUGGGACACGCCUACCCCACAGACCACAAGUGCUCCUUCCUGGGCCCGCUGUACAACCUGGCUCGCUCCGAGUCGCUGCACACCUCCCUCAAAGACCUCGACCUGCUGGACCUGUGCGCGGCGGUGCUGACGGGGCAGCCAGAGGGAGCGGUGGCGGAGGAGGUCAAGGUGGUUGUCCUCAUUGCCACCGCACACGUGUACGGCGGAGAGGAAACCGGUGGCGGCGGCGGGGCCGCCGCCGGCGCCAAGGCCGCUGGCGGCAGCGCCGCCGCCGCUGCCGCCGCCGCCACUGCCCUCAGCUCCGCCGCCCGGGCCGAGGCGUUGCUCAACUCCACCAACCCCUCGGCUGUGCUGCUGGAGCUACUUGACACAACGGUCCGUGGCGACGGCUCCGGCAAGCUGGGUCUGUGGGACGUGGAGGAGGUGCUGCACGGCGUGCAGUCACUGGCGCGCAGUGGGCAGCAGGCGCUGGCCAUGGCGCAGGGCGGUGUGUUGGACUUGUUGGUGGAGUGGCUGGCGGCCCGGACCGACGCCGGCGGCGGGGAGGGAGGUGGCGGCGGCGGCAGUGAGGGCGACGCUGUGGUUCGGGCCACACGCGCGCUGCUAAACUUCUCCAUGCACACCGCGGUGCACCCCCUGCUGCACAAGGCGGGCGCGGUGGAGGUGCUGGCUGGCUUCGAGGCGGCUGCCGACCUGCGAGUGGCCGACGCCGCGCGCGGCUGCCUGCUCAACCUGCAGCAGCUGGGCGACGCCGCCGCCACCGCCGCCGCCGGGGCGCUGACGGGGGACGAGGCGGACCUGUCUGUGGAGUACGACGUCUUCCUGUCGCACAAGCGCUCUGACGCCAAGGACUUUGCUCGCGCCAUGUACAACCUGCUAGUGCUGCGCGGGUUCGCAACGUUCCUAGACUACGAGUUCAGGGAAGAGCUCACCGACCUAACCAAGAUCGUGCGGCGCUGCCACAACCUGGUGUUUGUGCUGACAGACAACAUCUUCGACUCGCCCUGGUGCAUGAUGGAGCUCACGGCGGCGGUGGAGGCAGGCGUCAACGUCAUCCUGGUGGUCAAGGAGGGAUCAAGGUGGCCGGACGGCAACGGCCAGAAGGUGUGCGACUUCCCCUCCUACGACACCAUCAACAAGCUGCCGGAGGCUGUGCGGUCGGUCUUCACGCGCAAGGCCCUCACACACAGCGACGAGUACUACCAGGCGUUCGUGGACUUGCUCCUUUCCAAGAUCGUGCGACCCGCACCACCGGCACCGCCGCCGGAGCCCGCUGCCGGCAAUGGAGGCAGUGUAGCUGCCGCCGCCGCCGCCGCCGGCCCCAAAGCCCCGGGCGGCGGUCAGCGCCCGACCGCAGCGGCAGCGGCAAACGGCGGCAACGGGGUUACGGCACCUGCACCCCACCCGGCACAGCGGCAGCAAAACCACGCUGCAAUGCCGGCAGAACAGCAGCAGCAGCAGCAACACAGCCUGCCGCCACACUCGCCCGGGGCCUCCCUGCUGGCGCCAUUGUCUCCCGUGACGCAGCAACAGCAGCUGCAGCAGCCACAGCAACAAAGUUUCUUGGCGGCGGGGUAUGGCGGCUUCAACGGACAGCAGCAACUGCCCAUGCACGGCGGCAUGGCUCUGCCGUACAUGCAUGCGGCGGGGUUGUACGGCGGGCCGUACGGCGGAUUGCUGCCGUCGCCUGCCGUACUGCAGCAACAGCAGCAACAAGCCGCCGUUAGUCAGGAUCAACUGCUGAACGAAAUGUUGCAGCUGCGCCGAGAGCUCCACAGCAGCCUUCACCAUUUCCAGGUGGAGGUGCUUCAGCACCUGCGGGAGGCGACCGGCGGCUUUGCGCGCGAAAUCGGCCAGCUGAGGUCCGAAUUGGCGGCGGUGACACACGCGGUGCAGCAGGGCUCAAGGGAUGCGCUGCAUGGCCUCUCCGACGUCAACCACGCCCUGGGUGGCGUGCAAGCGGGUCUGCGGGCGCUGGGCAGCGGGCUGGCGGCCCACGAUGCGGCGGCGGCAGCGGCGGCGCAGGUGCCAGCGGCGGCCAUGGGAUAUGGCAUGGCGGCGGCCCCCUACUGGAGCUCGGGCGGCGGCAGCGGUGGCGGUUUUGGCGGUGGGGCCGGCGGGGGAGACCGGCUGCCGCUGCUGGUCGCGGGCGCGGGCGUCGGUGGCAGGGGCCGGCAGCAGCAGCGGCAGCAGCACCAGCAGGCGAAGGGCCACCGGUCACAGCCGAUGAUGAUGAGCGCCGAAGAGCUGUAGCAGUGACUUGUCUGGAUGGCCCCGCUAUGCAAUCGGGUGGUCAUGGUGGGAUGCACGCGCGCUCAUGAGUACUUGUGCAUUACUGUAGUGUGCUCACGUCUGUCACGUCGAUUAGAUGGCCACGGCAGAGAGCCAGAGAGCGAGCAGAGAGCAGAAUAAUGUGGUCAACGACACUAAGCAUGAGCAUUUGCAUACCGUACUUGCAAGCCGCCGGCGUGAGAGAUUCAGCCGAAAGGGUCGAAUGGCGCCGGCGGAUGCAGCACAUGCCACCAUCUACCAUGCAGGAUCAUGUGCGGGCUUGCAGCUGUGUGCUGCUAGCUCGGCGCCUGCAGGCAGGAAUGAGUAUUACAUAUCCCAUUUCAGGUACUGGACUAGUUCUCCUGAUUCCAUUCUAAAACCGCUAACUAGUAAGCACCUGUUUGUGCACAAACAGCUGCACAUGUGUCUGCAGCUCUCUCUGCGCAUCUGCGCGUUUUGGGAAAUUAAUGCCUUUCACCAUUAUUGGCGGUGGCGGAGCUGCUUUUAGUGACUGGUGGCGUUACCUUAAAACAGAGUGGCAUGGCUGGGGCGACGGUAGGUUUAUCGCAUACAGGCGGUGUACCGUCACAAACAAAGCAGAGUGAGCAUGAGGCGGAGAGGGUUAGUGGAUGUGUGAUGGGACAGGGUUAGUGGAUGAAGGUGGAUGGCUGGAGGCCGAAGCCUCGUGCCGUAGCCUCACGUGCGCGGAGUUCGUUCCACACAGAGGCGGCGCGCACCACUGAAGCCACGGGAUGUCCCUCAGGCCACAGUCGAAGGCUGAUUGGUGCCGGGGACACGUGUGCAUGGCUAGUGUCUUCCUUGACGGCGCUGGUCGUUGAGGGGCUUGCACGGCGCCACCACCUUUGGGGGGCGUGCGUAUGGUCCGUGGCUUCCGGGUAAGACUUGAUAGCUAGAUCUUCACAUCUCGUGGGACAAGGCUUGCCGCCACGCAGCUUCCUUUGAAAGCCGCAGGAGGAGG